CACGGGUCUCGCAGCUGCAUGCAGCUUGUAUGCCGCGCGACAGAGCCCUGCUACACUAGUGUAGGCAUCGCUCACGCGGAGGUCAAACAGUUUGAGGACGUUAUCCUCGACUCUCAUCGUGAAGUGGAACCAAAUAGCGUAUCCUGAACUCUCCACGGCCGCCAGCAGCAUGCAUUUCGAAACUGGUGUCGUCAUGUCAGACUCGGACACGGACUGAUUGUCUCCUGCUGUCAUUCGAUGGUCGAAGCGUCUACAUCGUGCUAAAUAGGCUGGGAGGGGCUCGUCUCACAGCAGUGUGAGUCUCCGCCACGCGUUGACUGGGCGAGGCUGACGUGGUGGCAGGUACGCAACAUCGCGCCGAGGUGCUGGAAAUACGGAUCAAUAGCGUGCCGAAAAUGAAUUCAUGAUUACUUGGAAAAAUCUUUGAGCUCACAACAGUAACACGAUGAGGAUGCGGGCGUCCGGAACUAGCCUAGACAGCGCAGCAGCCUGACCCUCAUGACUGCGCCGGCUAUGACGGUCGACGUCGCACUCCGUCAGCUCCCACAACGUGCGCCAUCACCAAAACGCCCCUUUGACUGCUUCCGAGAGCCAAAUUGCACAUCUCACAAUGGCGGUGGUGGAGGCAGGGCAAUCCGGCUUUCCUAAGACGUCCUGCUGUCACCACUUCCCCGCCCUUGGUUGGCUCCUGCUCACCGCGCGGAUGUCGAAGCUCAGUGCAUUUCCAGAAGCGCUCUCCGACUCGUCUCGAUUCGACAUUCAUCUCGUCUUCAAAGAUGCUAUAUGGCGCCACUUCUCCUCACCUUCUCAGCGGUCAGAAGCGAGGGGAACAAAUUCCAAUACUAAGAUAGCAGAGCAUGCGGAUGAUCGACUACCUUGAUUCAGGGCGCCUAGACCGCGGUGUUCGCAUUCGGACCGUGGUGGGCGCGGUAUAGACGCAGACAUUCUGCUCUUUGGAACGACUCGUCAGAAUAUCGUCUGCUCAUAUUCAACAAGCCGCAUCAGCAAUGAUAGAGAGUGUACCGAGCAUUGAGUCUGCACGAUCACCAUGGGUAGGGGCAUCACAAGCACCGCUCGACCAACCUGCGACCCGCGAGCCGCGAGCCGCGACACUGAGCAGGCCCGCGCAACGUCACACCUGUCGCACGUACGAGACACUCUGCGAAAGUGUCGAACGCUGCCACAAGAACCAAAUGUAGCUCAUGAUCGACAUUCACAUUUGCGCGCUUUAGUGUAAGAGUGGACUGGUCGAGCGAACUUCAGACCACCUUUUCCCACCGCGGUCCAUUGAUCGGCGAGGCGUUCUAAAUCGAGGUCGACGCAGCCACCAGGCUGGAUAGAUUGAACUCCGGACCGGAGUCUGCGAUGAGGUCGCAUCGAAAUGACCUCUCGUCAGCAUAAAAAAGGCUCAAAAUAAGAACAUAAAGGGCGCACCGCAUCCACACCCCGACUCAUAUCUCUGUAUCUCGUCUCUUGUGCUGUGUGCGACUUCUCCCUUCGUCCCUCCCUUUCCUUGCGGUGUCUUCGCUGCACUUCGUCCGCUGGACGACGCGGAAGAGCCCAUUCCGUCCUUCGCUGGCGCGCCCAGCUACACUGUCAUUUACGGCCUCCUUCACAUCAUCGACG